CGUGUGCUCAACAGCAAUAGUAGAAAUAUUCAUUCAUAUUAUCACCAUCUUAAUACAUGCAAUCUCAUAAAUAAACCGAUAGGCAGCCAGCCUAAGAAUCUGAUCAAACAAAAAGAAAAAACUGUAAUAGCAAAGAGGAAAAACUUACCAAUGCACCACAUAUCAGCGUCACCAACUCGCAAUCAAGCACUCACUUUCCAGCCCUUCAUCUUCACAUCUACCGACAUAUCUACACCGUCCGUAUAUACCAAAACUCCACCGUACCAACCCUUCUUUUGAUUAGUUAAUUAAUUAUCGUUCCAGCAUGCCCAAAAAAAAGGCCGACCCUUUUUUCGUUUUCUGCUUCGCGGUAGCCAUCACCAAAAUUGACACUAACACCAUGAUAGUUCGCAAUCAAGACAAAAACUCCAAACACCCAGCGUCAGUCAACAGGAUCCUAGUUGAUCUGACGCUUCAGGCACCCUAUAUCACAAUAUUAUUUUCACCGUUUUGUUUUUUCGGAUAUCCUCGUCCAACCAAGCGUACACAGUCAUUAGUAAUUACACACACUAACACAUAUGCACCCCACCAUAACGCCAUAAACCGCCCGCCAUCUCUCCGCCUCAGGCACAUGCAUUACCACUUUGUUGCCCGACUUCGUCCCCUUGCUUUUAUUUUUCAUAAUAAAAACCUGGUAGUGUCUCGAUAGACUUCUCUCACUCUAUUCUGAUCGGCGCAGGCUAUGUGGUUCGCUGCAGACGCGCGCCUGGCAAACUACCUUUUUCGAAACAGAAGGUGCAGAAUCAGCCAAGAUAACAAAGACGAUGUUGCGCUUCUGUCUAUCUAACACUUCCCAGGUUCGCAAGUCUCCAGUAUUUCUUUCACAUAAAAGAACAGUCAAGGUGUUACCUUGAUGGGUAUCCCUAACACGACUGAAGAAAAUCAAGAUACUCUGAGUACCGUUCAGAUCCUAGAUCAAACCGUUGUGGUCAGCAAGUUGCAAAUAAACUGUGAAGAUUUCACACAUACAUAGUUCGAAAAUCACGCAGCCAGAUAGACUGUUGAAGCGGCACGUAUCUGUAGCGUCGAGAUGUGAGCGACGACACGAUGCAAGAUUAUCGCUAGUGAUUAUGCCUUGCGCGGUGACCGAUAGGGUAGUAUAUGUAC